AUGCGCAAGAUAUCUGUUGUAAAAAUGUAAAGUGUAAUGAUUUUCCAAUAUUUAUUUUAUCCAUCUAAAACAUUAGUUAAUAACUCGUUAAUAAUAAAAGGUGUCAGUGAAAUACUCUUCUAAAUAUGCAUAAAAACAAUUAGUAGUCCGUUUCGUUUGAAAACCGUAUGAUGGAAGAGUCCAGCGAUGCGCACGGUUAUUCCAAAUUGGGAAAAUCUCGUCGGCGAAACGAUUUUCACAAUAGUAACGGAUUUGCAAAUAUAUCACCCCCCAUAGAUUCGUAUAAUGCUGUCUAUUUAUCGUUUGUCCUUGGUGGUGCUGGUUUUCUUCUCCCUUACAAUAGUUUUAUAAUGGCAAUGGAUUAUUUCAAAGUAAGAUAUCCUGACACUCCUGUUGUUUUUGACAUGUCUUUGGUGUACAUCGCUGUUGCUUUUUUGACUGUUCUUGGGAAUAACUUGUUGGUUGAGACUUUUACCCUUAAUUCUAGAAUCAAUUUCGGAUAUAUCAUGUCUUUUAUCACUUUGAUAUUUGUUGUUGUUUGUGAAGUUUGGUGGGAAGCUUUCGGCACUGCCACUUCUUAUGGUGUUAACUUAGCAGCUGUAGCCGUCGUAGCAGUCGGUUGCACAGUACAACAAUCUAGUUUUUACGGUUAUACAAGUAUGCUGCCGGCUCGAUACACCCAAGCAGUGAUGGUAGGUGAAAGUGCUUCUGGAGUCUUUACAUCAUCAGUACGGGUCCUUACCAGAUUUUUGAUACCAGAAAUCCGGGGAAGUACAAUAUACUUUUUCACUGUAUCAGUUUCAGCUGUAGCUACAUGUUUCGCCAUGUAUCAUCUUAUCAGAAGAACUGAUUUUAUACAAUUCUAUAUAGCUUUAUGCGAGAGGGCUAAGACUAGAAUUACACUUGAGCCGAGUGAAGAUGCAGGACUGAUAGAAACAAAUGAUGCCCAAUACGGGGUUUUGAAAAUACAGAAUAGCCCCCCACCGGGCAAUACUCUCAGUUUUGCCAACCCAGCAUACGAACCGUCAGCUCCCGUCCCGGUACCAACGUACAAAGUCGAAGAUGUGGUUAUUAGAGGUAGACAAAGUGUGAGUACUGCUGGAGGACUGAGCGGCAUAAAAAGAGGUUUGUUGGCACGGUGGGAAAUCACAAAGGCGAUUCAUCCAUACAUGAUAUCGAUUUGUUUGGUUUAUUUUGCCACAUUGUGUUUGUACCCAGGAAUAGCUUCUGAAAUUAUUAGUUGUCGUCUGGGUUCGUGGAUGCCAAUUCUGAUGAUGGCGUUGUUCAACGGAGCUGAUUUAGUCGGUAAAAUGUUAGCCUCGUCGUCGCGAUAUUGGACUGGUGGUCGAUUAGUUCGAUGUUCAGUCGCACGACUCAUAAUGAUUCCUUUGAUGAUCAUGUGUGUGGCACCAAGAGCCAAUCCCAUUUUUUCAGCAGAGGUGACUGCGUUCACCUUUGCGUUAAUUUUGGGUUUCAGUAAUGGAAUCCUGGGGAGCGUCCCCAUGAUUCAGGCGCCGAGUAAAGUGGACGAUCGCUAUAGAGAACUCACUGGCAAUAUGAUGACUUUAUUGUAUAAUUUUGGACUAACUACAGGAUCUUUGAUGGCGUAUUUUUUGGAAUCGAUGUUGAAUCCCGUUGAAAACCAUCCAUGCAGUCUAAGCCAUCUCCAUAUGAAGUUAACGGAAUCCCCAGUAAAUAUAAGUCUUACAACUGGUACCAUCCGCAGUACUUCGGUUACAAUCAUUACUUGGGCAUCUACCUUAUCAACUGGUGCUGAAAACUCCACGGAUUUUAGUCGAUAAAUAAUAGGAACGAAUGUAUCUAUAUUCUGGCUUUGUUAGACAUUCUAAUUAUUAAAAAUAUUAAUAAAAAA